ACUUUCGCCACCUGCAGCUCCUCUGGUCGUUCGGCAUUUCCUCUUGCUAAUAUCCCGCAGCACGUCCCUUCACGCCAUGGGCAAUGCAAUCAGUAGCUGCUGUGACUCGUGCUUCCACUCGCGCAGGUCGCAUGCGUACGAGCCGCUCUUACUGGAGAAUGAACGCGAGGCGGUAGCAGAUCUCUUGCAAUACCUCGAGAACCGAACGACCACCAAUUUCUUCACUGGCCAACCACUUGCUGCCCUCACGACACUAUCUUUCUCGGACAAUGUUGAUUUGCAGCGGAGCGCGGCCCUUGCCUUCGCUGAAAUAACUGAGAAGGAGGUUCGCCCUGUUGGCAGGGACACACUUGACCCUAUUCUUUUCCUGCUGGGCAGCCAUGACACAGAGGUUCAACGCGCAGCAAGUGCAGCACUCGGGAAUCUUGCUGUUAAUACGGACAACAAGCUUUUGAUCGUCAAACUUGGCGGCCUGGAGCCCCUCAUUCGGCAAAUGCUGAGCCCAAACGUUGAGGUUCAGUGCAAUGCCGUAGGCUGUGUGACAAACCUCGCCACGCAUGAUGACAACAAGACGAAGAUUGCCAAGUCUGGUGCGCUAGUUCCACUGACUCGCCUUGCGCGGUCAAAAGACAUGCGGGUGCAGCGCAAUGCUACGGGAGCGCUUUUAAAUAUGACCCACUCUGACGAGAACCGUCAGCAACUGGUCAAUGCAGGAGCAAUCCCAGUGCUUGUCAGUCUUUUGAAUUCACCGGACACGGAUGUCCAAUAUUAUUGUACGACAGCGUUGAGUAACAUUGCUGUGGAUGGGAACAACCGUAAGAAAUUGGCUCAGAGCGAACCGAAGCUUGUCUCUAGCCUGGUUUCUUUGAUGGACAGUCCAAGCUUGAAAGUCCAAUGUCAAGCUGCUCUUGCCCUGCGAAAUCUUGCAAGCGAUGAGAAGUACCAGUUGGAAAUUGUGAAGGCUGAGGGCCUCCCUCCUCUGCUGCGCUUACUUCAAUCUGCGUACCUCCCGCUUAUAUUAUCUUCCGCCGCCUGCGUCCGAAAUGUUUCCAUCCAUCCGCAGAACGAGUCCCCUAUCAUAGAAGCUGGCUUCCUCAACCCUCUCAUUACUCUUCUGGGAUUUAAAGAUAACGAAGAAGUGCAGUGCCAUGCUAUCUCGACGCUGAGAAAUCUGGCCGCCAGCUCGGAGAAGAAUAAGGGACAGAUUGUCAAGGCGGGCGCUGUACAACAGAUUAAAGAUCUCGUUCUUGAGGCGCCCUUGAAUGUGCAAAGCGAAAUGACUGCUUGCGUGGCUGUACUCGCCUUAAGUGAUGAGCUCAAGUCGCAGUUACUUGAUAUGGGUAUUUGCAAGGUCCUCAUCCCUUUGACUAAGUCAAGCAGCAUAGAAGUUCAGGGCAACAGCGCGGCUGCUCUGGGUAAUUUGUCUUCCAAAGAUGGUCGGACGGAUAAGGAUGACUAUUCGGCCUUCAACGAAGUCUGGGAUAAGCCGGAAGACGGCAUGCACGGUUAUCUCUACCGCUUCUUGACGAGUCCAGACGCAACGUUCCAACAUAUCGCUGUUUGGACAAUUGUUCAACUUCUCGAGUCAGAAGAUCCUCAACUCAUCUCGAACAUCCGAAAUUCCGACAAGCUACUUCCUCAUAUUCGCGAAUUGGCGGCGUCGCGCUCCGCUUCACCAUCCUCGUCCAUGGACUCUCGAUCUCGUCGUUCCCAAUCACAAUCAUAUCAAGAAACGGAAACGGGUGAUGGUUCAAGUGAAAUACAGGUCCUCGCUCGCAAGAUUUUGGAAGCAACGGAAGCCGAGGCGAUGCCCCUUUUAAGCCAGACCCCAUCAACUCACUCCGUUCCGAGGAACGACGGACUAGAGAAGUCAGAUGAAGAGCUGCGCAGGAGUGUGAGGGCCGCUUUCAGUGGGCAUGACGGGCGGUAGUGGGGCUCGCGGCAUUCACCAGUAGGGACUUAUUGCUCUGUUUUUAUCCUUGGUUCUUUCAUACCAUUUCUUGCGUAUACGUCUUCGCUCCUUUUUAUUUGGUGUACAUUGUUGUGCUGAUCAUUUGUUUCCACUCAUAAGUAUGGACUCCACUCGUUUGUCAUUUGUUGACUGCUGUGCUCGACGACGCAGCGGAUGGCUGACGUCGUCUGGCUGGCAGAAUAAUUAUUUUGCAUAUUUCUGUAUAUCUAAUACGAGGUGAAUGCACGGUUCCAGUCCAGAAUGGCGCCCUGGCUCUACUGAAUGACAAAUGCUUAGGCAUGUUACAUUUUACUACGGUUGUCUCCACACCCUCGGCCUGCUUCUCUAUGGCUCCGCAGUUGAAUCUCUUCCUAUAUAUUCCCAGACUCAGUCUCGCUCUUCCAUCUAGUACUGCCAUCCAUUUGAGGCUGAGCCUCCGUAUUC